GUGACGCGCGUGAACGCUCCCUGUAUCCUGCUGGUCGUUAAGCCGACGUCAGCGGCUGUGAGGAGAAGCAACACGGCUAAUAACGUCGCGCUCAAUGGCGCUUUUUUCCUGAAAAACGACGUGGGGAGGAAAAAAAACGAUCACAGGGUGAGACAGGUGUCCUGGUGGUGAAGAGGCCAUUUCUUUAUGUCAGGCCUUCAGAGCGCCUACGUGGAGGAAAUCGUACCCGUAGUAUUCGUUACGAUGCGUCGUUAGGCGUUUUAGCGUAACGUGUGCUGUGUUUGCAGGACUGAGCAGGCGAUCUGAACACUAUGGAUGGCUAUGGGUUCUCGAGUCCGGUUCUGGGCGAGGAUCGCUCCGUCAUGGCCCGCAUGCAGAAGAAGUUCUGGAAGACGAAACAGGUUUUGAUCAAGGCGACGGGAAAGAAGGAGGACGAGCACGUGGUGGCGUCGGACGCGGAUCUGGACGCAAAACUGGAGUUUUUUCGUUCGAUUCAGACCACAUGCACAGAGCUGCUGAAAGUCAUCGAAAAAUACCAGCAAAGGAUCACACGCCUGUCUCAGGAGGAGAACGAGCUGGGGCUGUUCCUGCGCUUCCAGGCCGAGCAUGACAAAACUAAAGCGGGAAGCAUGAUGGACGCCACGAGCAAGGCCCUGUGUACCUCCGCCAAACAGAGGUUGGCUCUUUGUGCCCCGCUGCAGCGGAUGGAGCAGGAGAUGGAGACGUUUCGGAGGAGGGCCAUCGCUGACACGCUGCUGACCGUGAGCCGCAUGGAGAAGGCGAGGACGGAGUACCGCGGCGCUCUGCUCUGGAUGAAGGACGUCUCACAGGAGCUGGACCCCGACACCUACAAACAGCUGGAGAAGUUCCGCAAGGUGCAGGCACAGGUGAGGGGAACGAAGGUGCACUUUGAUAAGCUGAAGAAUGACGUGUGUCAGAAAGUGGACAUGCUGGGGGCGAGUCGCUGCAACAUGCUCUCUCAUUCCCUCUGCACUUACCAGACUACACUCUUGCAGUUUUGGGAGAAGACGGCAAACAUGAUGUCUGGCAUCCACGAAGCCUUUAAGGGAUACGUGCCGUACAACUUCACCACCCUGAAGGAGUUAAGGGACCCGCUGGAGCACCUUUCGGAAGGUCCGUCACUGGAGGACAACAAGGAUGAAGAAAAGCAAACGAAUGCAGACGAACUUGUGUCCCUGGAGGAGGAGAAGACGGGAAAAUCAGCGCUCGAAGCUGGUUCUCUCGCUGGUGUUGAUCAGGACAGAGACUCGAAUGGCUCCUUACCAGCCAGUUUAGACUCGGCUUUGUUUGAGCUCUCGGGCCCCAUCAGCACAAUCACCAUGGACGAUGACCUCUUACUCAUGACCCCUGACCCUGAUCCCACCCUGAGCCAUGCCAUGACCCCAGCUCUUCCUAUACCGCAGCCUCAGAGCUGCCCGGAGGCCGAACUGCCCCCUGCUGUCCAGUGGGACGUGUCUCAGGGGCAAAACCUGGAGUCGUUUAUCACUAACCCGCUGCCUGAGAAGGGCGGCAGGGAUUUGCUCUCGGGUCUCGUGCCACAGUCCGGCCUGGAGGAGGAAGAGGGAGAGCGAGGUGAUCUGUCCUUCCUGCAGGAUCUGCUGAGUCCCGGAGCCUCCAGCGGAACAGAUGACUUCAGCAAGGCGUGGCAGGACGCUUUCGGCUGCUUCGAAGCCCCAGCGAGUGCCCCCUGUUCCACACACACUGCUGCAGCGAGCAGCACCGCCGCAACUCGCUCUCCCUCACAGCCUCCGAGUCCCACCGGCUUCCUGCCUUCACAGCUCCUCGACCACGGGAUCAGCACCACCGGAUGGAUGACUCCUCCCAUGUUUCAAACUCCUCCCCUUCAAGCUCCGCCCACUGCUGGUCAGGUCCCGGUUGCGCAGAACAGCACCAGGACGUUGGAUAACGCUCCUAAAGGCGGAGCUCGGGACAUGUCCGCGUGGUUUAACCUUUUCGCCGACCUGGACCCGCUUUCCAACCCCGACGCUAUCGGACGAAGCGAUGAAGAGCUGCUUAAUGCCUGAGGAUUCGUUUCCUCAGUCACUGUACAGAAGAAAAAAAAAAACAGAGCUGGAUAUUCUUUGUGCUGAGUCCCACUGAGCCAAGGAUGGAUCCGGAAAAAUGGGGAUCAGCCGUUAUCUCUCUGUGUGUGUGUGUGUGUGUGUGUGUGUGUGUGCACGUAUGUGUGCGUAAUCCACUUUACAUCUCUUUAGCAACGUGGGUUAAAAAUCUUUUUUUUUUUUUUUUAAAUGAAGGCUGCACUAUAUAUAGUAUAUGAAUCUUAUGAUGAAGGUUGAAGGUUUAAGAUGAAGAUGAAGAGCCACUGAGGGAAAUGAAGGUGUUCGAGAUUGUAUUCUACACUGGAUAGCAAGUUUCACGUGUUUGUAAAUAAUCACACACUGGAACACGCACGAGAAACGUUUACCGAAUCAGAAACGUGUAUUUUUAAUCAGCUGUAGGUUAUUUUACAGACAUGUCUCUGUCUGUCUGUCUGUCUGUCUGUCUAUCCGUCUGAACGCUAUGCUCGCUACGCUAUACAGAAUUACAGUAAAACAAGUAAAAAGGGAAGAAAAUAUCCAAUAUAGCUAGAAUCAGGGAUUUUUGAUUAAUAAAGUGAGCCUCAGUACAGGUGUAAAAAAAAAUAUUUUGGCUUAUAUUUAAUCACAAAUUCAUUUUGGCCAGAAAAAAAUAUCACAAAUCCCUGGUUAUGGCUUUGAAUAAAAGAUUUAAAACAACAAAGCUAUGUAUACUCAUGUGUCGUUGCACAAUAUCUGCUUUGGAAAUUAGAUUUUUAUAUUUAUUAACCCUUUAAUUUCCAAUAACCUGCUUUAAGGUGAGUCUAAGGGGUUAACUGGCUGUAAAAUGUGUGUGUGUGUGUGUGUGUGUGUGUGUGUGUGUGUGUGUGUGUGUGUGUGUGUGUGUGUUGAAUUUUGUAUUAUAUCGGAAUUUGGUAUUUACCACCACAGAUCUCCAGCGACCUACACAGUCGAGUGCAAAAGUUUGUGUCCCCCUUAUCACUAAAUAAAUAAUUAAAUAUGAUUAUAAAGAAAUUGAAUUUUGUGUAUUUAGUUGUUUCAUCUGUGAAAUCACAUGUAAUUAGUGUAUAAUAAAGUUAAGAAACAAAAAGUUCAGAAGUUUGCAUCCCCCCUUUCUAAAUGUGAUGCAUGUUUUCUCUGAUACCUCGAUGUCUAAUAACUCGCCUUCAGCCUCCUUUAUAUCUUUUGGAUCCUCUCAUUAUUCCUGAAAAUAUUCCUAAAACACACACACACACACACAGUGUCUUCUGGAGAAAGAGGCUUUUUCAGAGUUGUUUUUAUUUCUAGAGCUACAUUUGACGUUUUUCCCAUUUUAAAUAACCAAAGAGGAUAGUUCUCAUGAGUGUGGCAGCAGGACGGCGUCGCUUGACCGUCAGGAGAUUCGAAUCCAAGAGAACAACGUUGGGAAAAUUGCUCGUGUUGUCUGGGUGGGAGGGACGGCGUUAACCCUGUCACCUGUCAAUCUGAGCGACACCGACCAAUCGCGUGUCUCCGUGAUCUCAUGUAUGCGGAAGAGGGCCGAUAGCACUUUUCCACGAGCAGAAAAGAUGCACAUGCUGGUUGUUAGUCAUCUAUUUGAUGGGGCGAGCUAGCUAACUGGCAAAAUGACCAAACAAUUAAAAACAGUAAUCAAGAUGAUCAUGAAAAUAAAUAAAUGGGGCACAAACUUUUGCACAUAAUUAUUUCACUUUCACUUUCAUAUAUGGCCUACUGCUGCAGGCUUUUAUUCUUACUAAGCACCUAAUUCCACCUCUGUGAUGUGUGAAGAUAUAAAUCACUGAAGUCUGACUAUUUUUUGGGGUGAUGAUUUAACAUUUGUAAAAGUAUUGGCACCCAUCACCUAUAGGUUGAACCUCACCAAUCUCUCGUAUUCCGUUCUCCGUGUUUUGUUUCACGAAUGUAUGCAAACUGAUAAACACCUUUACAUUCCACUCAUGCCUGAAUGCACAUCAGUACUUCUUUUUUUUUUUUUUUUUCCUGAUAUUUAAAAAUGUAAAAAAAAAGAAAAGAAAAAUAAAGAUUUCUACAUUGCCUUGCACAUUUCAUUGUGUUAAAAACCUUUUUAACUUCAAAAACAUAAAGAAUGUACACUGCACCAUUCUCGGCUGCGUUUGACUUGAUUUAUUUUAUGCAAUUAAUGAUUUUUUUUUUUUUUUUUUUUGGAUUGAUCAUGUAACAAUUUACAAUGUUAUGGACAGAUGAGAUCUUUACAGUGACUGUACUCAUGUGACGACCGACCAGACGAUAAAAUAAACUUCUUGUAUUUGA